ACGCGCUCGUGUCUGUUCGGGCCCACCCGGUUUUGUCGAGGGGCAGCGCGAGAGCGGCGACUGUCAGCGCUCGAGCCCAGCGCCAUUCAUCAGAGCGGACCGCGAGCGCACCUGGUCGGAGCGAGGCGCGGACGAGCCGGCGACGCAGCUGCACAGCACCGGGUCGGCCUCUGGAGGAAUGCGGCGCCAUUAAAGUUCCACUUUUAAUUGAACUUCACGCGACUCGUCGAGCAGGGAUCAUGGCCACCGGCGGCUUCAAGUCCAGCGCCACCACCGACUUCCUGGAGGAGUGGAAGGCCAAACGGGAGAAGAUGAGGGCCAAGAUGCUGGGCGACAUCGCCGCGGCCACCGGGGCGCCCCUGGGGGCCUCCCGCGCGCACAGCCCGGGCGCGCCGCCGGGCAGCGAGCUGCCCAACAACGGAAACCCGGACCGAGGCGCCUCCUCCGGGACCUGCCUCUCCACCUACUCGGUGGCUCGGUCCUCCUCCGGCUCGGCUCUGAAGAGACCCGAGGAGGACGCGCACCACCCCGCACCGUGCCCCGCGGCCGCCCCGCUCAGCAGCCCGAAGAAGGCCCCCCCACCGGCGGACAAGGCGGAGUCCGCGUCCCCGGACGCCUGCGCCAUGGCCUGCAACGACAGCGGCAAGGAGAGCCCGUCACCCGGCAAGAGCAAGGAGAAGAAGAGCGCGGGUCCGAGCGCCAGGAAGGGCAAAGGUCAGAUCGAGAAGCGGAAGCUGCGCGAGAAGAGGAGGUCGACAGGUGUGGUCAGCAUGCCGUCCAACGAGAGCCUGGAUGAGCUGGACGAUGACGACGCAGGGGAGAAGGACCGCAGGGAGGAGGAGGAGGAGGAGCUGGUCCAGGCCAACACUGUCCAGAAUGAGGCCAUGACGGCUGAUCCCGCCAGCGGACGUUUAAUGGACUCCUCGCGGUCCGGAUGGGGCCGACGCGCCGAUGACGUCUUCUUCCAGGAUGCCCGUCAGCCUGGACGCGGCCAAAACAAGAGCAGCUCUGCAGGGCCAGGGUCAGAGGAGCAAUGGCACCCCCGUCACAGAGAUGGAAGCGCCGCAGGACUGGAGAAGAGGAUCGAGGAGCUGGAGAAGGAGCUGGCCAGAGAGCGACGGCAGACCGCGACACUGCUGAAGGCCCACCAGGACAAGGACAACCUCAUUGAGAAGCUCAAGGAUGAGAUCGACUUGCUGAACAGAGACCUGGAUGAUACUGAAGAGGAGAUUGAGCAACUCAAACAGGAGAACAAGACUCUGCUGAAGGUGGUGAGUCAGCUGACGAGGUAGAACCGCUCCACGGACCCGGACCUGCAUGGCGACGACGUCCCACCAGCCUUAUCUCCUCGGUUCUGUCCUUUCUGUUAGCAGUAGCUGCACUAACAGCCUUAGAGUCCACACAGGAUUCAUUCCACUGGUUCUGAACGCUGAGCUAAAGGCGGAUCGCCCGUCAUCGUCCGCAUAUUUAAUGUAAAUGUGUUGUAUAUAGACCCUUUAGAUAAGUUCAUUCCUCAGACAGAACUCGCACCCAACUGACCGCUUUUAACACCAGUGACUUCAGCCAAAGUGGACGUACAGUGGAGCGGUUGUCGGUUGAAGCCCGGUGCUUCAGUGAUGAACUCUGGUGCCACAUUGACUUUCCUUUGUACGUUUGAACGUCACUGGUGCCUCCCCACACCUGAAGGAAGAUUUAAUCAUUACAGCUAAAAUAAAGGAAUCAGUUAACAUCCUGGGUUGUUUUAAGUCAAAGCUCCUGUUUCCAUCCUCUGGUCUUUGCAGUGUAAGCUGCAGUAGCUGCUCUGUUUAAAGCGGAUACAUUUAGCUUAACAACCAAAUGAACUGACUCUGGAACAGGCUCCGCUGGGAGCCUCGUCUCGCUCUGUGCUCUGGCAAAGACCCUGUAGGUGUUAGAUGCUCGAUAGAAAAGCCGGCCUCCCCACGCGAGCUCGGCUCCCCUCGCAGACAGACGUCACAGACCCAGCUCGCUUUCCCAGUAUGAUGCAUGUACAGAAGAUUAAGUCAUUUAAUAAAAGUCUGAUUAUCUCUCUCCUCA